AUGAUGCAAGAUCGAGUUCAUCUUAUCCAGUUUCUUAUGGAUCUCCAUUCUGAUUUUGAAGCAGUUCGAGCUUCUCUUCUCCAUCGAAGCCCCCUUCCCACUCUUGAAAGUGCUAUCUCGGAACUAAUAUCUGAAGAAACUCGCCUCGGGAUGUUGAAGCUUCGUCGUUCAGACAUGGUGUUGGCAACAACAUCUUCUGCCAACAAGUUCUGUAAGAACUGUAGUCGCUCGGAUCAUACUUUGGCACAAUGUCCAACUGUAGAAUGCAGGUACUGCCACAAGAUAGGUCACAUCCUGCCAUUUUGUCCGACACGACCUCCCAAGCCGGACGCUAACAAAAUCAAGACUACUCCAAAGAAGGGUGGCCAUUCUGAGUUUUCUACUCGCUCGGUUGCAACCUCAGCCAUAAGUACCCAAGAUGAAAGUUCAUCUUCCUCUCCAUCUCUUACUCUCAGCGACCUUGAAAACAUUCUCGCUCAACUGCGUGGUAAUUCUAAACCUACACCUGCCAAGUCUGCCCUGUCAGGAUCCUCAGACGGGACAAGUCAUUGGGACAGGCCGUAA